AUGGUGGAAGAAGGGAUUGUUCUUGGACACAAAAUCUCUCAUAAAGGAAUACAAGUUGACAAGGCCAAGAUUGAGGUGAUAGAGAAAUUGCCACCCCCGGUUAAUGUGAAAGGAGUAAGAUCGUUUUUGAGCCACACCGGGUUUUAUAGGAGGUUUAUCAAAGACUUUUCUCUCAUUGCUAAGCCUUUAAAUGAUCUUCUCCAAAAAGAUAUUUAUUUUGUGUUUGAUGACACUUGUUUGGAGGCUUUCAACAAGUUGAAGAAAGCUUUGACUUCCACUCCCAUUGUCCAAGCCCCUAGGUGGGAUUUGCCCUUUGAGCUCAUGUGUGAUGCUAGUGACACGGCUAUUGGGGGUGUGUUAGGUUAA